AUGCUGGAUCCAGGCGCUGCAGGGGUGACGAAGCAAAUGAUGCUCGAUUGGCUCCGAAUCAAUCAUCCGAAAAGUCCGAUAUCAUCAAGUAUUAGCAAGAGCGAGGCCGCAGUCAAAGUACGGGAGAAACAGCCUAAGUUCUUCCCAGAUCCGAAAAGUGACAGGCCUGCAAUGUUCAUACACCAGGAUCUCAUAUUUCGAAAUGGUACAGAUCGUGCAAACAAUCAGCUUCGACCUCCUUCGCCACAUGAAACCAAGCCAGUUUUACCUCAGCCUGACGCAGAGAUCCCAUUGGGCAAUCAAUUCAAGCGAUCUGCUUCACCCUCUUCAAGCACUCGUCCCUCAAAGCGCUCCAAUAUCAGUACCAAAGAAUUAUCUCGCCAAAUGGGAAGCAUCAAGAAAAACGUAAAGGAUAAAAAGCGCAAACAGGUUGCGUUUAGCCCCAAAGCUAUGCAAGCACCAACCCAAGCAGUAUCCUCCAAACCGGUUGUCAAUGUCAUGGAAGAGGAAACUCAGCGUGAUAUUAAUGCACUGCAGCAUUAUGAAGCUCCGGCGAUGAGCCCCUCGGCUUCUCACAUGGUCAAGUCGCCGCUUGUUGAACAACAACCCAUACCGCCCACGAUUCAGCCAAUGGAUGAUCUUAUUGAUCUAUCGGAUGGUGAUAUUCUUUCCGUUGGCAACUUAGAGAUAGAUAUACCUCCACUCAAAUUACCCACUUCAAAGGUCAAGUCGGGUGUAGAUGUGUUUCAUGAGGAAAGAGCCCGAGCCGAUAAAACAGUUGGUGUACUUGAAGCAUCAGUCUCUGAGCUUUCGAAUAGGAUUGAAUGUGUUGAGAAGCAGUCCUCAACUAACAUGGCUCAGCAUGAAGGAGAAAAAAUUGAGACAGGCAUGUUCGACUUUCUUUUUGAUGCUUUGAUCUAUUUCUGA